AUGAUUAAAAUAAGAUUCAUUCUACCAUCGGUCCUGCUGUUAGUAGCAUUAUGUUGGGCAUAUCUUGAAGAGUUUCCAAGACUUGAGAUGGAAGAUACUUGUUUUGGAAGUAAACAUGUCAAAAUCCCACCUACGAUGAAUGACAAGUUUGCUGACUUAUUGGCAAUAGCUCAAGGACGAGUUGAUGAAAAUUCACCAAAAAAUCAUGAAAAAGUUGUUAUUCAUGAAAAAUUAAACAGUGAGAAUCCCACAUUUGCUGAGCUUACAAACUUUGUUUUUAGAUGGCAUUCAACAAAUCUUGAAUUGUUUCAAUACUCAAUUUCUAAGAAUGAAAUGUAUCCAGAAAAUGAAAAAGUUAUUAAGCAUUUACUGAAAGAUUUAAAAACACUUCCCGUGUACUUCAUUGAGUAUCAUGAGCAUUAUACUGAACAUUUUAAGAUAUUUUUAUAUCUCCAAACUGAGACUCGUGCUAUUAUGAAACCAGGAAGAGCUAAACGUGAUGAACAUGCUCAUCCGAAUCACUUUUACUGGGACGAUUACGAUAGACAUAAUGCAGAAAUUGCAGCAUAUCAUUUGGAUAGAAUUCUUGGUUUCCGUCGUGCAAUUCCUCAUGUCGGACGUUAUGUCAAUAUAAUGGAAGAAAUUUAUCCAUUCGCCUUUGAUGAGCUGUUAAAAACUUUUUAUGUUACUCCAGGAGGAAAUAAUUGUAUGACGGGUAGAUGUGAAAAUUAUUGCGAUACCAAUCAUCCAACAUGUGGAAAUCCUAAUAUUAUUGAAGCUUCGCUUGCUGCUUCUUUACCAACACAUGAUAAUGCUACAAGAGAUGUAUAUAAAUAUCCAUGGAAACGUUCAUUUGAUAAAAAGAGACAAGCAAUAUGGGAAGUUGAUCAAAAUUACUGCGAUACUAUUCGAAAUAUCAAGCCAUUUAAAUCUGGAAAGAGGAUUUUAGAUAUUGUGGAUUUGGCAAUAAUGGACUUCCUUACUGGCAACAUGAAUCGCAAAUAUUAUGAAAUGUUUGAAAUUUUUGGAGACGAUGCGUUUAUAAUUCAUUCAGAAUUUGGACAAGGUUUUAACAGACCAAAUCAUGAUGAGGUUUCUAUUUUGGCUCCACUUCAACAAUGCUGCACAAUCAGAUCUUCUACAUUGAAAACUCUCAUAAAGUACCAUACCGGAUCUAAAAAGUUAUCAGCUGCUUUACGUGACGCUAUGUCAUCAGAUCCAUUAACACCAAUUUUACUAGAUUCACAUCUUGAAGCACUUGACAGACGAGUUGCUUUAAUUCUAGAAACUGUUCGAAAUUGCAUGAAAACAAAAUAA